CAUAGAUCUGACAAAGUACGAGGUUGGUUAGGCAGCCCCCUCUCAUUCUUAGACCCUCAGCCUUGCUUAAACCAACUCGCAUUUGCAUUCAAUACCACUCUCAGUUUACCACUGCCACCUAGCAAUCAUGACGAGCAUUUUCCUAUUCUGCACCUCCGACGUGCCGGCAAGCACGAUCAACCAAUUCAUGACAGAGUUCGCUGACGCCAGCGAAGAUCCAAAUAUCUUCUGUCUGGUCCGCACUCCCGAUCAGGAACAGUUCGAUGAAUGGGGCACCGAACCACCUGUGCAAGACUUCACAACAGGCUUCAAAAACGCCCCUGAUUCUACUCUCCGCCUCUACACCCAAAAUCGGAUCGACGAACUCAAGACUGCAGGCAAGGCCGGCGGACUAUCUCCCGGAUGGCUGGCUAAGCUCGACGAGCAAUCCCCGCAUGACUCAACCGUGGUUCUGCAGUACCGCAAGAUCAAAGCCAACUGGGCUCAGGCAUUGGAAGAUGCUGAAGAGCAGUAUCAUAUCCCCGGUCAGGCGGACGUUGAUGACCAGUAUAUCUGGUGGAAGUGGCGUGUGCCAUUUGCGGAUUCUUUCCAGCUAUUCAACAGCGUCGACGAUGGUAUGCCGGAUAUGAUUCGGCUGUUCACUCGACCUGAGUUUGUGGACUCGGAGGGCGUGCUUCAUGUAGAUGUCCCCCGUCAGAUCAUCAAGGGGGAGAUUCCGGACCCCAUUACGGAGAGUGCAAGCUGAGGGUUUGCCGGUCUACCUCUCAUAUCAACUUGCUGCUUAUCUUAACUCUGCUCAUCCCCCAUAC